AUGAACGAACAAUGCCGUAUUGAACUUAAACUGUGUGAUGUUACAGAUGUUGAAAGGAUGAAAGAAAUAUUUGAAAUCCUAUACAAUUUAAAUCCUGCCCAUUUUGUGAUUAAUUCGUCGCUAACUUCUUUACACCCAAAUCACGGGCAAAGUGCCUAUGCGGCUUCGAAUGCUUUUUGUGAUGCUUUAAUUCGUAAAAGAAGAAGGAAUGGACUUUCUGGGACAGUUUUGAAUUGGGCUAAUUGGUUGGAGGUCGGUAUGGCAGCCCGCAAGCCUGGAACUAACGAAAUACUUGGUUGGCUAGGUCUUUCAGGCCUUUCAACAGAAUUAGCUUUGAAUUGCUUUGAAAUAACUUUGAGAUAUAAACCUACACAGUUAAUGAUAGGAAGGUUUGAUUGGGAAAAGAUGAAAGAGAAAUUUGAAGGUUUAUAUAGACGAUUUGAAGAUUUUGGGGAAGAGAAUGAAGAGGAAAACAAAAUUCUUUUUAAGAAAGUUGAGGAAGACAGUAGAGAUUCUCAAAAUUUUAAAAAUUUAAAGAACCCCAAAAUUCCCAAUUUUGAAGAAAUAAUAACGUCAUCCAUUCGAGAACAACUAAAAAUUGUGAAUUAUGACAAUAAUGACGACAAAAUCCUCGAAUUUGUUCAAAAUUCAAAUUUCAAUUCUUUGGGGUUUAUGGAAAUGGGAUUAGACUCCUUACGACUUUAUCAGUUAACAAGCGAUUUAAAUGAAAGUUUGGAAAGAUUUGGGCUGAAAAUAAAUAUUAUUGACCUCUUUGAGCGAGGAAAUGUUGAGAAAUUGGGGAAAUAUUUAAAUGAACGGUUGGAAGAAAAUGAGGGUAGAGGGGUGGAAGAGAAGCUUGUCAGGCCAAUUUCAAUUGAAAAUGAGAGAAGAAAUAUAAAAUUGGAAUUAGAAGACGAUAAUAAAAUUUCGGAAGAAAUUUUAGAAUUUUCCAAAAAUCAUUUAAUGUUUGGAGAACCCUUAGUACCAGCAGCUCUGCAAAUACAACAAUUUAUCGAGCGUUUAAAAAGCUUAAAUUUAGAUAUUGAGAAAACAAGUUUAUUAGUUGAAGAAAUUAAAUUUAAUAGAAAAAUGUUUUUAAAUGAAUGGGAAAAUGUUAAAAUAAUUUGUAAAAAUAGCAAAAUAAAUGAAAAAGAAGAAAAUAAAUUUAAUAAAAUAUUUAUGGAAUUAAUAAGUAUUGCGGAGGAAGAAGGAUCACAAAGCUUUUCCUCUUGUCAAAUAAUGUUGGAAAAAUCUAAUGAAAGGUUAUGUUUCAAUCAGAGUACGUCGAGUAACCUUUUUUAG